GAGCCGGUGGCCGCGGGCGGGGCUCCUCUCCGGCGGGUGCCGGAGUCUGGGGGCCGCGGCUUCCCCCUCCCCGCCCGCCGAGGCGCUGGCCCCUCCUUCCCCCGCCGCCCCCGUGCCCGCCGCUGCUGCCACUGUCAAAGAUAAAACCGGGCCAUUGCCUGCAGGAACCCUGGCAGCAGGCGAUCGGGUGGUGAGGAGCCUCCGGCGCGGCCUCGCCUCCCCGGUCCGGCUCCCGCGUCAGCACCGUGGACAGCACGGACCACCUUUCGGGGACCCUUCGGUCCGCAGGAGCACGCUUCAGGUUUCGGCGAUCUCAUCAGUACCGCGGACAGCGCCCAGGCCCUCGCUGGCCUCGGCCAGCCCACCGGCUCUUCCUAUCAGCACCGCGGACAGCCCCCCUGGACCAGCCCAGCGACAGCCAAGGACUAGUCAGAACGCCCUGAAGAUGGCCACUGAGGUCCACAAUCUUCAGGAGCUCAGGCGAAGCGCUUCGCUGGCCACCAAGGUCUUUAUCCAGAGAGACUACAGUGAUGGCACCAUCUGUCAGUUCCAGACCAAAUUCCCGCCAGAGCUGGAUAGCCGGAUUGAGCGGCAGCUCUUUGAGGAGACCGUGAAGACCCUCAAUGGUUUUUAUGCGGAGGCUGAGAAGAUCGGGGGCAGCUCCUACCUGGAGGGCUGCCUGGCCUGCGCCACGGCCUACUUCAUCUUCCUCUGCAUGGAGACCCACUAUGAGAAGGUUCUCAAGAAGAUUUCCCGUUACAUCCAGGAGCAGAACGAGAAGGUCUUUGCUCCCCGAGGGCUCCUGCUCACCGAUCCGGUGGAACGCGGAAUGAGGGUUAUCGAGAUCUCCAUCUAUGAGGACCGGUGCAGCAGUGGUAGUUCCAGUAGCGGCAGCAGCAGCGGCAGCGGCAGCAGCAGCGCUGGCGGGGGAGGGGCGGGGGCCCGGUGACUGGCCGAGAGUCCCUGUAGGGAGGUGUACGGCCGGAGCGAGGGGCUGGCAGAUCUACGGAGGCUGCGCUACCAGAGCACCCGCUUCUGAGUCUUUCUCUGGGCCCACCCUGCCGUGUGGUGCGGAAGGGAAGGUGCCUGCCCGCUGUUCCGUGUCCCCAGCCCUUUGCCCCUUGGCAGGAUCUUCUUGACCCUGGACAUUUUUUUUUUUCUCCCAUGAGGCUGAUCUGGGUCAUCAGAGCCAGACCUUCCUAGGAUGGCUGGGGUGGGGGUGGGGGACCCAGCUUGGACAAACCCUAUCUUUCCUGCCUCCUUCCUCACUCUAAGGAGGACCUGGAAAUUUUCCACCCUGCAUGAUACUUCACCCUCAAAGACUCUUUCUAAGGCCCAACGCUACUAUGGGCUCCUGCUUGUCAGUGGUCCCAUCUCCUCACUGGAGAUCUGGAGAGAUGUGUGCCCUGGGAGCUAUUCAGCCGCUCCAAAGGCAGUGACUUUCCUGUCCUUAACUCAGAGCCGAAAGUUCUCUCAGCCUUGCCAAAAAGCACCCAACUCUGAGACUUUGCACCCCACCAGGAACUGAUUUUAGGGGUUCAGCCUAGGACUCUGAUGUGCUCCACUGGGGUAUGGGAAAACUCUUUGGAUGAAUGAAGCUGGACAGAGCUUGAACUCCUGAACUGGAGCCAAUUCCUGCAUCGUGUGCAUACAUGUGGAGUGCACUGUGUGCGCAAAUGUAUGUAUGUAUUUGUAUGGGUGGCUAAGCAUGUACACAUGUGAGCAAACAAGGGUAUGAAUAUGAGUGCCUGUAUAUGUAUGACUGCACAAGUCAAUGUGUGUAUGUGCACAUGUGUGUGAACCUAUGUUUAUCUGAGUGAAUGAGGGAGAAGGUAAGUGCAUGUGUGCAACACAUGCAUGCAAAUUAUGUAUGCGUGUGCACAAGUGCACUGCGUGAAUAUGCAUGUCUAUGUGUAAGUAUGCAUGUGUGUGUGGAGAGAGAGAGAGAGAGAGAUUCCGUUGUGUCGUUGUGUGUUCUCUUUGGCUGCUGGGCUAAUGACUACUGAGUCUUGCCCCAUCCUGUCUCACAUUGGUCUGCAGAGCCUCUCUGUGAGUCCCUCCUGGCCCUCUGUAAGUCAAUGUCCUAAAGCUGGGCUGUCAGCUUGGCUCUUCCUCCUGGCCUUUCUCCCACCUCUGGCUCUAUUGUACACAUUCUGAUGGAGGGAUUGUUGGGCUCCCAGGAGAACAGAGCCAGCAUUUAGGUGGUCUUUGGUGCCCCUCUCCUAGCCCCCAUGGCACAAUGGGGCCACAGAUGCUGCAUAUUCAUCCUGCCCAGGUGUCAGGACCCUGAGGCCCUUGUAGAUGAGGCUUCCCUGGACAUUCAAGGCGAGGAAAAGCGAAUGGAGCCGUGGCUCCCUAGGGGAGCUAAGUUGAAGGUGAUGCAUCCUGGGGCCUUAAGACGGACGGAAAGGGGCUGCCUACCUCAGCGGGCAAGAGGUGCUAGAACUAGACAGGAAACACCAGCCACUAUCAGCAGCUUCCUGGAGCUGAAAGGGCCUGUCUCUCUACAGGCCAAAGCAGCAGCACGCGACCGCAGGAGACUGUGCUGCAGGAUGGAGAGGGCUGGCCAAGCCCCUGACGCCUCAGGGAGCCCAAGCCCCAUGAGCCCUGGUGCAAUGAACCCCUUCUUUCCGAGCUGCAGCCCCCGAUCCCCUGCAGAAGCCUGUGCCCUCUGUAGCCUGCUGUGCAGCCAGGCGUCAUGUCUGACUUUGCACAGCCUGUUGGGAAGGUUGGGAAGAGGCAAAAUGGAGGGAGACCUUUUGUUUUAUUCUGUUCCCAAUAAAAGGACUU